AAACUAUUCCCAAAAUUUUUUGCUUUGCAAACUUUAACACCAUUCCUACUAGCUGCAACCACCCCAUUAGCUUUAACUUGUAUUCCUAAAGCUGUACUUGGUGUCAUUGCUACUACAGGCCUAUUAAACUUAGGUUGUCUAUUGCCUAUUUUAAAUAAAGAUAGAGAACAAAGAAUUGAAGUUGAAAAGAAUGAAAAUGAUCAAUCUUUCCAACAAAAGGAAACAGCUAUCGUAAAGAAAUUCGACAAGGUUCAUUUAAUUAGUAUGGCUGUCAAUUUAGCAAACAUUGCAAGUUUAGGUUAUUACGGUUACUUACUAAUUAAGCAUUAUACAGUCUAA